GUCGGUGGAAGAUCCCGCUCAAAUUCUACUUGAACGAACACAAGGAAGCGAAGGAAAGACCGGACCGUCACAUUGACCAAUCGGCAUCGAUAAGGGAGGGGACUCGAGCUGUGGGAGCCAAUCAGAACGGUCCCGCCUCCGCCGUGUGCUACUUCCAAGUUCCCCGCCUUGCGUGCUCCAUUACGGACACGUAGUUGUUUGGAUCCGUGGACGAGAACGCCCACAGCCGCUGUCAUGUCCAAGUCCUCCCGGCGGUACAUGUCCCUGCGGCAGGGCAACGACUGUGACCGGCAGUUGCGGCCCCUCGCCCGGCAGCUGCUGCUGCUGUGCCUCGUCGGUGUGCUGGUGGUCGCGCUGGUGCUCGGGUUCUACCUGUCCAACGUCACUGAUGUGAACCACCGCAUGUCGCCUGCAGACCUGACCAAGGAUAAGUGGUCCCACAAACCCACGAAGUACUCUCUGGCUCAAAUCCACCACCUGGUCUCCCAAGUGGAUGUGAAUCACCUGUGGGAGGCUCACCUGAGGCCCAUCCUGAUCGAGAGGCUGCCCGGGACGCAAGGCAGCCUGGCUGUACGGGAGCAUAUUACCUCAGCAUUGUCCUCUCUGUCUGCCGGCUGGGACUUGGACCUGGACACCUUCAGGGCUGCAACCCCGAAAGGGCAGGUCACAUUCACAAACAUCAUUGCAACUCUGGACACUUCAGCCCCUCGCCGGCUGCUGCUGACAUGCCAUUACGACUCCAAGGCGCUGCCUCCAGACAGCCAGGAAAGGGUUUUUCUUGGGGCCAGUGACUCUGCGGUGCCCUGCGCUAUGAUCCUGGAGUUGGCCACCGCUCUGGAUAAUCAGCUGAAGUCCUUCAAACGACAAAAGCUUCCAGUAACUCUGCAGCUUGUCUUUUUCGACGGGGAAGAGUCGUUUGAGAAAUGGACAGCCACCGAUUCGCUGUACGGGUCUCGUCACCUGGCCGAACGCAUGGCUGCUACGCCCCACCCUGCGGACCCCUCACAUAGCACCCUGCUACAAGCUGUGGAUCUCUUUGUGGUGCUAGACCUUCUGGGUCCUCCCAAUCCACUAAUAGUGAACCACUUUCACAACACGGGACGCUGGUUCGACCGCCUGAUCGCUGCAGAGAAGCGCCUCCAUCAUCAGGGUCUACUGACGUCGCACCCCUCAGAGCAGACGUACUUCAGGAAGGACGUGAACUUUGGACUGGUUGAGGACGACCACAUACCCUUCCUUCGGAGAGGCGUGCCCGUGCUCCAUGUCAUCGCUACGCCCUUCCCAAAUGUCUGGCACACGGUGGACGACUCUGAGGAGAACAUGCACCGCCCCACCGUGGAGAAUCUGACCAAGAUCAUGGCCGUGUUCCUGGCCGAAUACCUUGGCUUCUGAAGUUCUUUUUGGUGAUGGUCUUCAAAUGACCACAAAAUGCAAUUUAUUUGCACCUCAGUGGAGAGAUGUUGCUUGAGUGAAGUAAUCCUUAAUAAACCAGCAAGGACUGGAAUGAGAAAACUGCGCUAUCAACUGUACAGCAGCUGUACGUUACCAAAGAUCUACACACUGCUGUGUCCUAUGUCAAGUAUCUCUUCUAGUACCUAAAGGUUAUUACAGCUGAAUAACGAUUGUGAAUUGCUUUAGCCUUUACACUUCAUCCUAUGAAUUUGAGAUGGACUAAAGACAAUUUUUUUUGUUGAAUUAUUUGUGUAUAAAUCAAUGUCAAAACACUGAAAUGUAUUAGGGGGAAAAAUAUUGAGCAUUUUACUUGCAAGAAACUAUGAAAAUGGUACACCAUUUUUUGACUUGUUGACCUGUUAAAUGAUAUGAAUUUACUGUGGCUAAUCGCUUUUUGGGGAAAGCUGAGUUCAUUUUAUCACCCAAGCUGGUUACCUCCAGACCUGUUCAAUGGAAUCAGAAUCAAAAGAUUCCGAUUUCACUUAACACACCCAUUGGUUACCUCUAGACCUGUUCAAUGGAGAAAUUACUUUACAAUGGAGAGUAGAACCUGUCUGACAAAAUGAAGUUGGACAAAAUGCCACGAUCCUAAGAUAGUCAAGAAAAGUUGAGAAAUAAAAUAACUGACUAAUAAAUAAUCUACUAGUCUAAAAAGGGUUGGAAAGCCAUUUUUCAAGCGUUGGGACUCUAGCAAACCACAUGGAGCAGUGGUGAACCUUCCGAGGAGUGGCCGGCCUACAAAAAUUACCCCAAGAGCACAGCGAUGACUAAGGUCCAGAAGGUCACAAAGGAACUCAGGACAACAACUAAAGAACUGCAGGUCUCCCUUGUCUCAGUUCAGGUCAAUGUUAAUGACUCAAAUAUAAGGCAGAGACUGGGCAAAAAUGGCAUCCGUGGAAGAAUUCCAAGGUGGAAACCACUGCUGACCAAAAAGAACAUAAAAACUUGUCUUCCUUUUGCAAAAACAUCUGACUGAUUCCCAAGACUUUUAGGAGAGUAUUCUAUGGACUGACGAGACAAAAGUAUAACUUUUUGGAAAGUGUGUGUUUCAUUACAUUUGGUGUAAAUGUAAAACAUUUAUAUGGAUUUCAGAAAAAGAACAUCAUAUACCAAGGGUCAAACAUGGUGGUGGUAGUGUGAUGGUCUGGGACUGCUUUACUCCAUCAGGACCUGGACAUGUUGUUGUGAUUGAUGAAACCAUUAAGAGAAAAUUCUGAAGGAGAAUGUUUCCGUCAUCAGAGCACUGUGUAAUGUUCAAGAUCAUCAAACAAAUGGACUGCCGAAAUGAAAGUUGAGCUUUUUGGAAGGUGUGUGUCUCGUUACAUCUGACGUAAAUGUAGCACAACAUUUCAGAAAAAGACCAUACCAACUGUCAAACAUGAUGGUGGUAGUGUGAUGGUCUUGGGCUGCUUAGUUCCUUCAGGAACUGCACAACUUGCCAUGAUUGAUGGAAGCAUGAAUUCUGCUUUUUACCAGAAAAUCCUGAAGGAGCAUGUUCAGCCAUCAGUUUGUGACCUCAAGCGGAAGCACACUUGGGUUCUGCAGCAGAAUAAUGAUCCAAAACACACCAGCAAGUCGACUUCUGAAUGGCUUCAAAAAAACCAAAAGGAAGGUUUUGGAGUGGCCUUGUCAAAUUCCAGACUUGAAUGCAAUUGAAAUGCUGAGUCAUGACCUUAAAAAGGCUGUUUCUGCUGGAAAACCUCCAGUGUUGCUGAAUUAAGACAAUUCUGCAAGGACAAGUAGGCCAAAAUAUCUCCACAGACAUGUGAAAGACUCAAUGCCAGUUAUAGAAAAUGCUUGACUUCAGUUGUUGCUGCUGAGUGUGAGCCAACCAGUUAUUAGGUUUAGGAGGCCAUUACUUUUUUAUAGAUCCCCCCCCCCCCCUUAAUAAAUAAACAGCUGUAUCAGUGUCAGUUUGAGAAACUUAA